GGCCAUGCCUUGCGCAAAAACACGGCCGGUGCCUUCGGGCCCGACCUUGCCAGGAAACUCUCUCAGUUGGUGAAGAUGGAAAAGAACGUCAUGCGCAGUAUGGAGAUGGUGUCGAGGGAGCGUAUGGAAACUGCUCAACAACUCUCGAUCUGGGGCGAAAACUGCGACGAGGAUGUGUCCGAUGUUACUGACAAGCUCGGCGUCUUGCUCUAUGAAAUUGGAGAACUGGAGGAUCUAUUUGUCGACCGCUACGACCAGUACCGUGUCACCAUCAAGAGCAUUCGCAACAUUGAGGCUUCUGUUCAGCCCAGCCGUGACCGCAAGCAGAAGAUCACCGAUGAGAUCGCCAAGCUCAAGUACAAGGACCCCAACUCCCCGCGCAUCGUCGUUCUGGAGCAAGAGCUAGUCCGUGCGGAAGCCGAAUCCCUCGUGGCUGAGGCUCAGCUCUCCAACAUCACCCGCGAGAAGCUCAAGGCGGCCUUCCAGUACCAGUUCGAUGCGCUCCGUGAGCAUUGCGAAAAGGUGGCUCUCAUCGCCGGCUACGGCAAGCACCUCCUGGAUCUAGUUGAUGACACGCCUGUCACUCCUGGCGAAACCCGUCACGCCUAUGAUGGAUAUGACGCCAGCAAAGCUAUCAUCCAGGACUGUGAGGAGGCACUCGCCAACUGGGUCACGUCCAAGGCUUCGGUCAAGCCCGCUCUCUCGCAGCGCUCCCGCACCCUAUCCCAGCGUCACCGUGAUACCCUCAAGGGCCGUGAGGGCGUCGACCUUUCGGGACAAGACCAGCCCCUGGGCCGUGACUCGUGGGUACCCGCGGACCAGCAUGCAACCUACCAGCAUGAGGUUGAAGACGGUGAAGAUGUGGCCAGCACUGUCGAUGGAGAGUCUCGGGGUCGAGAAGAGGAACGGGAGCCCGUCACAGUCUCGGUUUAAAGCAACUCACUCUUUGAACCACGAGUACUGACCAAUUCUCAUCUUUGUCUCUAUAUUGCGGAUUGAGAUUUCCGCUUAACGUGAUGUUAUCGUUGUUUUGACGUCUUUGUUCUUCACCCCACUGAGUUUCACUUACGAUUAAUUCAAUCCCUAAUGACGCAUGUCCUGCCACCGCUUCAGCAAUGUUGCUUCAGAACCAGGUGGUGGAAUUCUGCAAUAAAAGGAGACAUGACCGGGUCAAAGGGAAUUUCCUCUACUGUCGAUCGAGUAAUGUAAUACUAUACCACCGGCGAGGCGACGGAGACGGGGAGGAUAUCUAUAUUUGAUGCUUUUCUAUGCUUGGUUGAAUCAGUCUUUUGGGAUAGGAGUAGGUUUAAUGAACUGUUCUGAUGCCAACGUGUACUCCAGAUAAUUCCAACUAUUACCAGAC